CGUGUUCAGCCAUUUUGUUAUUAUUUUCGAAAAUCUGUAGGUUGGAUUUAAGGACAACGUAAAGCUGCCAUUUUACACAUUUCUCAUUGAAUGUGGGGGGAAAACGAAGAAAUUCUGUAUGAGAUUUAAGAAACAUAGUUACGACGAAGAACGGCCUCGGUGGGUAUCGUACAUUUAUGAGUGGAGCUCUCUUCACUGGCGAUCGUCGCAAACGGAGCAGAGGCAGGAGUGACGAGCGAGAGAACGUGCGAAAGAUAGAGAGAGAAAGAGACGAUAGAGUGUAUGAAAAUUGGAUAAUUUACAAUAAACGAUGGCAACGUUAGCAGAACAAGCAUCUAAGCUUUUGGAUUUCAAUCAAAAGCUAGAUAUAACACUUCUUGAUAACAUAGUAGGUUGUAUGUACACUGGGAUAGGUGAGCAACAGAGAGUUGCACAAGAAGUAUUAACUACACUUAAAGAACAUCCAAACGCAUGGACCCGUGUAGAUACUAUUCUAGAAUAUUCACAGAACCAACAAACAAAGUAUUAUGCUCUACAAAUAUUGGAACAAGUUAUAAAGACACGAUGGAAAGCAUUACCACGAAAUCAGUGCGAGGGUAUAAAAAAAUAUAUUGUAGGUCUUAUCAUAAAGACAAGCAGUGAUCCAGAAACAAUGGAGGCUUCAAAAGUUUAUCUUAAUAAACUUAAUAUGAUUUUAGUUCAGGUUUUAAAACGUGAAUGGCCAAAAAAUUGGGAAUCCUUCAUUGGUGACAUUGUUGGAGCAAGUAAAACAAAUGAAAGUCUUUGUCAAAACAAUAUGGCUAUUUUAAAAUUAUUAUCAGAAGAAGUAUUUGACUUUUCUAGUGGACAAAUGACACAAACAAAAGCAAAACAUUUGAAAGAUACAAUGUGCAGUGAAUUCUCACAUAUUUUUCAUCUCUGUCAGUUUGUAUUGGAUAAUUCACAAAAUGUUCAAUUGGUGGCAGUUACAUUAGAAACUCUUUUAAGGUUUUUAAAUUGGAUUCCUUUGGGAUAUAUUUUUGAAACAAAAUUAAUCAAUACUUUAGUAUUCAAGUUCUUAAAUGUACCCAUAUUCAGAAACAUUACACUAAAAUGCUUGACUGAAAUCGCUGGUGUUACAGUAACAAAUUAUGAAGACGUAUUCGUAAUGUUUUUUGUUAAUGUAAUGCGACAGUUAGAACAGAUUCUACCCCUUGAUACAAAUAUACGCGAGGCAUAUGCAGCUGGUGGAGAUCAAGAACAAAAUUUUAUUCAGAAUUUAGCUAUAUUGCUUUGCACGUACCUAAAAGAACAUGGGUAUUUUAUAGAAAGAAAACAAUUAAAUGAAUUACUACUCAAAGCAUUGCACUACCUUGUUUUAAUUUCUGAGGUUGAAGAAGUUGAAAUAUUUAAGAUCUGUUUGGAAUAUUGGAAUGCACUAGCAAUGGAUUUAUAUAAAGCAAGUCCUUUUGCCCCCCAAACGCCGUUAUUUAUGGCUAAAAAUAUGACUGUCCCGUCUAGGAGAUUAUUCUUUUGCCCUGUUUUAACUAAAGUACGAUAUAUCAUGAUCAGCAGAAUGGCUAAACCAGAAGAAGUUCUUGUUGUAGAAAAUGAAAAUGGAGAAGUUGUUAGGGAAUUUAUGAAAGACACUGAUUCUAUUAAUUUAUAUAAAAAUAUGAGAGAAACUCUUGUGUAUCUUACUCAUCUUGACUAUAUGGAUACUGAAAGAAUAAUGACAGAGAAGCUACAAAACCAAGUAAAUGGAACAGAAUGGUCUUGGAAAAAUCUCAAUGCGUUAUGCUGGGCAAUAGGCAGCAUUUCUGGUGCAAUGCAUGAAGAAGAUGAAAAGCGAUUUUUGGUAACUGUUAUCAAAGAUCUUCUUGGUCUUUGUGAACAAAAGAAAGGAAAAGAUAAUAAAGCUAUUAUUGCUAGUAAUAUUAUGUAUGUAGUUGGGCAAUAUCCAAGAUUUCUCAGAGCGCAUUGGAAAUUUUUGAAGACUGUUGUAAAUAAACUAUUUGAAUUUAUGCAUGAAACUCAUGAUGGUGUACAAGAUAUGGCCUGUGAUACAUUUAUAAAAAUAGCAUUGAAAUGUAGGCGACAUUUUGUUACACCACAAACAGGAGAAUUGGUACCAUUUAUUGAAGAAAUCCUUUCUACUAUUAGUAGUAUCAUUUGUGAUCUUCAAACACAACAGGUACAUACAUUUUAUGAAGCGGUUGGGUAUAUGAUAUUUGCACAGACAGACACAGUAAUGCAAGAAGAAUUAAUAGAACGAUAUAUGCUUUUACCAAAUCAAGUGUGGGAUGACAUAAUAAGUCAAGCAUCUAAAAAUGUAGAUGUAUUAAAAGAUCAAGAAGCUAUCAAACAACUUACUAGUAUUUUGAAAACAAAUGUAAGGGCUUGUAAAGCACUUGGUCAUCCAUACGUGAUACAGUUAGGAAGAAUAUAUUUAGAUAUGUUGAACGUUUAUAAGGUUAUGAGUGAGAAUAUAAGUGCUGCAAUAGCUUUGAAUGGUGAGGUAGUAAUGGAGCAAUCUUUAAUUAAAAGUAUGAGAGUAGUGAAAAAGGAAACAUUAAAAUUGAUCUCAGAAUGGGUCAGCAGAACAACUGAUCGUCAAAUGGUCUUAGAUAGCUUUUUACCACCUUUAUUGGAUGCCGUCUUAUUGGACUAUCAAAAAACAAAUGUUCAUUGUGCUCGAGAACCAGAAGUGCUAAGUGCUAUAGCCACUAUCGUGAAUAAAUUGGAAUGUUACAUUACCAGUGAAAUACCCAAAAUAUUUGAUGCUGUGUUUGAAUGUACUUUAGAAAUGAUAAAUAAGGAUUUUGAAGAAUUUCCGGAACAUAGAACGAAUUUCUUUUUACUUUUACAGGAAGUGAAUGUUUCUUGUUUCUCUGCAUUUCUUAUAAUUCCACCAGCACAAUUUAAGCUUGUACUUGAUUCUAUAAUCUGGGCUUUCAAGCAUACAAUGAGGAAUGUUGCAGAUAUAGGGUUACAAAUAUUGUAUCAACUUUUACAAAAUAUUGAAAUUUCUGCUCCCGAUGCUCAAAACUUCUAUCAGACAUACUUUACAGAUAUCCUGCAACAUAUAUUCAGUGUAGUUACAGAUUCAUCACACAUAGCAGGCCUUAAUAUGCAUGCUACAAUUCUGGCAUACAUGUUUUCAUUGGUUGAACUUGGGCGAAUCAAAGUUCCACUGGGACCUGUACCAGAUAACACAUUAUAUGUUCAAGAAUUUGUUGCAAGAUUGCUUAAAACAGCAUUUCCACAUUUAACUGAUAAUCAGAUUAAAAUAACUGUACAAGGUUUAUUUAAUCUUAAUCAAGAUAUCCCAGCAUUCAAAGAACAUCUUAGAGAUUUCCUCGUUGAAAUUAGAGAGUACACCGGCGAAGACGACUCAGAUCUGUAUCUCGAAGAGAGAGAAACUGCAUUACGAUUGGCACAAGAAGAAAAGAGGUUACAGCAAAUGGCAGUACCAGGAAUACUUAAUCCUCACGAAAUACCAGAAGAGAUGCAGGACUGAAUUACCAGUCAUCUUCGUUAACUGCUUUCUGUACAUCUCAAUAAGAAACAUUCUGUUACACAGACUAUUCUAUCCUUUGAUCUGCGAUGUUUCCCACAUGUACCACAGCUGCCAUCAAGAUGGAUAUACAUUACAUACUUUUUAAAGCCAAGUUUACAAUAUAACAUUCUUGUAAAGGAGGUAAGCCCGAAACGCGCUGAUUGUCUGUUAUACAAUUUUAAAAGAAUUGAAACUUCUGUUAUGAGUAACAGGUGAAUGCAUGCUGAGCAAUACUAUUUUAUGUAGCGAAUAAAAUAACAUUUAUACAUUGAUAUUUAGUGGUCUUAACAAAUAUUUCUUUAAUAAAGAUGUUUCCCAAAAGCGUUAUUUGGUACUGAUGCAGUAAUAAAUGUGUAUGCUAAAAUUUUGAUUUACAUUAAAACACGUCCUAUAUAAAGGAAUUAAAAAAUUAUAUUUGUUUCUAUAUAUGUUUUUUAUCGAUAUCAUUACAUAAAUUUUAAUGUCAACUAUUAAAUAACAUUUAAUAAAAUUAAAUAAUCUUGUUAUAAUAAUAAGGAGCAACCAUGCGAUAUUUGAUAUUGGUGAGUGUGCUACAUUCUAAGGUAUACAUGUAAGUAAAAUCAUUUUCUAAACUAAAUUGGAUUUCAGAUAUGAUAUUUAAUUCAUAUUAUACAUAAAAUAGUAUUGUUAAAGCAAAUUUAGAGGAUGUUACACGUAUAUGUGUGUGUUUGCAUAAAGUUGUAUGAUAAUGCUAUUAAUAUUACCAUAUAUAGAUAUAUAGGUACAUAGUAUAUAAAUAUAUAUGAUCUGCAAAUCAUACAGAGAAAUUUUGUAAAUUAAAAACUACAUGUCGUAUAUAGCAUUUGUUUAAAUUUCACUUUUCUGAUAUUCCCUACUCUUCAACGAUAAAUAUGUUCUGGAUGAACUAAUUAAUUUUUGUUGUAUUUAACUAUGAUAAGUAAAUGAAAAAUAUACAUAUAUGUAUAUAUGUAUAUAUAUAUAUGUAUGUAUGUAUAUACACAUAUGUGUAUAUUUAAAAAUUUUCUCUCAGUGCAUAAAUACUUGUUUCUUUUUUUUUUUUUUUUUUGUUCUAGUACUUUAGCAAUGAAAAUAGUUUAUAGGUAGUUUAAAUAACAUUGUCUGGGGGAAAGGUUUCUAACAUUUAUUUUUUGUUUAUACAAAAUUUUAUUUAUGGGUCUACUUCUACUUCUAUUUCAUGGCUGUUGCAUUAACAAACUUUUAAAUGCAACUUCUUUAAAAAAAAUGUUAACUACUGAUAGUAUUAUAUAAAAUUGAAAACAUUACAUUUUUGUUCAGACUUAAAUAACGAAUAAUAUAAAGUAUUUUUCUUAUACGUAUAAUGUUGCAAGAAAAGUUCUUGAAGUGAAUUAUUAACUUACAAAUAUAACCGACUGUUACCAUAUCGUAGUAGUGAACGAUUGGGGUAAAUGAUCAUUUUUAAAUUUAUUAAAAGAUCGAAUAAAAUUCUCGAGGAAAAAAGAGAGAAAUUUUCGUAUUGCGCGCGCGUACACGCGUUCGAGCUUGCCUCCACCACAAUCAAUGCUACAGGUGCUUGGUCUUACAAGUCAUAAAUAAUCAUAAUGCAUGGUAACAACUUAAUAAUGUAAAAAUUGGUACAUGACCUAUAGAAACUGUGAAGGUAGACAAAAAUUCUAAAUAAAUUUCGUAAAAAAAAAAAAUUACAAAAAAGAAGAAAAAACCGUUUAUGUGAAAAUAUGAUACAAAAGAGAAUGUAAAACGUGUUUGAUUCUGUUCGCGAAUUAAGAAUUAUUUCUUAUGAUAUACGAUUUAAAAUUUUUAUUACAAAAUUGUUUUUGUCGAGGAUAACACGAUCAUUAUGAAUAUAUUUACUGCUCAUGCCGCACUUUUCUCUGAAAUGAGCGAUGAAAAGAUAAAAGAGCGUCAUGGCAAGAAUAUAAUAAUACCGUUACUGCAUUUGAAUAAAAACGUAAACGAUUUGUAUCAUAUGAAUGAAUCGAACGACGGUAGCUCUACUUGGAACCCUGAAGCCAUUACAUUUGAUACUAUGCGACUCGGGUCUCAAGAUAAGCCGCUAUUACUCCAGCAGAAGGAUCGGGGAAAGAAAAUCAAUGCCACUUGAUGUCAUUCUUUAUUAGUAGGCUGUAUUUAUUUGCAACCGGUAUUGCAAGGAAACAAACAAACAAACAAAAAAAAGUUUAAUGGCAUUUUCAAACGAUUUGUGAUAUACCUUGUAAAGAUUUAUCACAAAAGAAAUUAUUUGUAUGGAUAGAUGUAAUAAGUUACAGAUUGUAUUUAGUCAUACAUAGUUGUAUGUGAUAAGAUUACGUGUAAUGAGGAAAGUGCUUAAAAGUCGUAAGAUAUCAAAGUAAUAAUGGUAUCUAAAAUAAAGCUGCAACUCAAUGUUUUAUAAACUGUUCGUUUGUUAUACGAGAAUCCUAAAUUUAACAAGUUUUUACAGUAUAAGUAAUUUUGGACGUAAAUAAGUACAGCUAAGGUUCAAAAAAUGAUAUAUCUUUUCUGUUAUAUAUAACAAUAUUCGGUCGAUUAAGAAAGGUAAUUUCAGACAUGAGUAAGGAAAAUGAACAAUUCGUUAUCUUUCUAAAUUAGUCACAAUAAGAUUGAGAAUUCGUGAAUAAUAUUUGAAGGAUGAAUUAGACAAUUGUAAGAACUAUAUAGUAUGAAGUUUUAUUGUGUGUGCUAUACAAAUUUAUCAUUCAGAGUUUUAAAUAUAAGAAUUCUGUAAUAAGGGUUUUUUAAGUGCUCGAAAUGUUUGAGAAGAUAUGUUUCUUUUUGUGUUGAUACACCACAAAUAGAAGUAAUUUAAAAAAGAAACUUAUGUUUAUCAUUACAGUAUAGAGAUAACACAAUUUUAUAUCAGAAAGUAAUUGAUUGCAAGACAAGUCUCUUGUUCUCUCUCUAGAAUUUCAUUUGACCUGAAGAGGAAUUAGAAACUAAAUUUUGUAAGCUGUUGUACGAUGACAUUAAUCUUAUAAGUUAUCAAGGAUCAUGUGACAUAGUUGUGAGUACUGAGUACGUAAUUACGGAAUGGUCCAUCACGCGUGUUUGAAUGAGUGGAUGCAUAAGUUAAGAGUUCUAUCAGUUAUUCAUUAUAACGACAAAAAUAUGUAAAGAGUUUAAUAAUACUUACUAAUAAAAUAAAGAAUGCCACUAUAA